UGGGCGGUUGCGCAUGCAGCUACUUCUACCCUAUUCGGUCAGACAAAGGCACCUUCGUGCUUACCAACGGUGCUCGGUUCUUCCAAGUAUGUGAAAAUACUAUUUGUACUACAGGCGCAACCGCAAAAAGAAAAACAGAAACUACACCCAGAAAAUCGGUUUCGGUGUCAGUUGAAAUGCAAUUUUCGGUGUGAUUAAAGGCUCCUCUCGUGUCGUACUGUGCCACGAUUCUGUAAUGCCAGAAAAUGUUGUUUUCGGUACACCUACAACACACGUUUACGUACACCCAUCAUGUACAUGUUUCGUGUCGUUUGCAUCGUCAGGCUCGUUCACAACAAACAAGGAUGGGAGACGCACUCCAUCACUACAUUGAUUCUUGCGUCCGUCGGUUUGAUGCUGUGCAUAUAUUUACUUUUCGUAGUUUUCGUGCCUCAGUCACCGUGCCGUGCAACUACAGCUCUUGCCGAACGCGCAGUUGGCAUGCCUCGGUAUAAUUGCUGCGAUACCUCUCUUGCGAUAGGAUAUCUAAAACCUUUUCGCAUCCAAACAAAAAUUCCAGUCCCUCCCAUCAUUGGUCAUACGUCAUUUUUCCUCGCGCUUUUUUGACAUUUUCAUUUUCACCGUCUUGCUUCAUGAUGAAAAAUCGAAAUUCAAAAUUCAUCGUCGGUGAACAAGCACGUAGGCAGUAGCCUUCAUUUGGGUUGGUGACAUCUAUCUUUUACUUUCGCGCUCUAUUUUGUUUUGAAUGACACCGGCGAGUCUGCCGCCGCGAACUGCUCAAGAGGAAAAAUCGCGUAUAUUUUCCUAAAUUUCAUCAUCUUCUUGUCGAACUAUCGAAGAAUACAUACUUUGAAGUCGCCACUACUUGAACAACAACAAAGCCAGAAAAGAAGCACAAGCAAUUAACAUUAUGGUGAAUUUCCAUCAUUUUCUGGGUGCGGGGACUGUUGGUGACUCCUCUCCGUUCUCGACAUUUUCAUCCUUUGUCGAGCACCUGAAGACGCACAUCAAUGAGCAGGUCGAGAAGGCGCAACACAUGAUCCCCAGCGGGCCGCUUGGGGGCAACAAUGUAUUGGAGUGGAGCUAUGCUUCGUGGCAGGUGGCCCUGUACUGGAGCAUGUGGGUCAUUGUGAUCGCCUUGUUCUUCCUGUGCUGGCUGAACUGGGUGAUCCACACUUUCCGCCGGGGUUUGAAGAAGAUAUUUGACCCGCUGGAUGGCAACUACUCCUUUGAAGACUACGAGGAGGAGGUGCGCGCCCGGACGGAGUCCGUGAACUACGACGCUGUACAAAGUACCAUGCUCGGUGGACAAAGCACCAUGUACAAGGGCGCGGACCAGACGACCUACAUCAACCCGCGGUCCGCCCCGGCGUUGUACACGCAAUCUUUCGGAAGUACCGCUGGCGCAGGUGCGCGCGGCUCGACCAUGCGCCCGCAAACACCGGCAGCCAGCGGACGGACGCGAGGGUCCAACGCAACCGUCUUGGCGGCAGGAGAUCUGGAAGAGGAGAUUUCGCAGGUAAGUACCAACGGUAGCAUUGCGAACUAUUGUGUCUAUGAAUGUAGUUGUCUUCACUGUAGUCACGAAGUAAGAUGACUUCGUCGUUGUAAAUAUCUUUUCCACUUGAUAAGUACUCUUUCUCUAGUUUCUUCCUUCUAGCGGUUUCUUUCAGUUCCAUAAUUCAAUUAGUUGCUACAACUUGCACUUUGAUGAAUCAAUCUUGGUCUUCGACAGGUCGCCUACAUGGAGGAGACGCGGCGGAAGCGGUCCCAGGGCAAUGCGUCGCGGGGCGAAACGUCCUUGAAGCAAUCGUUUGGCAAAAUGCAGUCCAGCCAGGGAGGCGGGAAUGCGAGUUUCUUUGCUACCUCUCUCCUCUCGCAAAACUUCGACCAGGAUCCAGUUGCAAGCAGCUUUCGCCCAGGCGACGAUUUUGAUGGGUGACCGAAACGUGUUUCUGUUGGUAAGGUAAUGAAAACUAAAACAAGAACAACUGCAUGAAGAUCAUGCUGUGUCGGUUUAAUAAGACGGUGGACUUCAUCAUGGAGGAACGAGCUAGAGCUUCUAUAGCAUCUUCAAAUAUGUGACGCGAUGCUUCGGCUGGUCCUCCUGUCCUCAUUCUCAUUCACAAUUUUGUGCGCAUUUUUCACGUGUCAUGUCCGACGAGGAGGCAAUCGCACUCAUGACAGACUCUUUUCUGGCGAAGUUUUAGUUCGUUUAGCCUACGAUUGAAAUUUAGGUUCUCUUCAGGAGAUGAAAUGUAAGCAAAAAAUGUUAUCUCCGAGAUAGCAAGACGGGCCUGCAGGUCGAGGCGCAUUCGCAUCGUAAGACAAGUGGUCUUGCUGUGUCAUUCAAAAUUAUUGCUUUCGACGUUUUAUUUCAGGUUGUUUUUUUACGUUUGCACAACGACAACUACUACAAUACAUACUAAGUAAUUUUCAACAAGGACUUGCAAUAACUAGUGAUCGGGUGACUUCUACUUCGUCGUGGAGGUCGCCUACAUCAAAUUCAAGCACAGCAUUUUCAAAAAAAUAUAGAGAAGUCUUUUCAUCAUGUGGAUCGUUUUUAUUAUGUAAAAAUAAACAAACACAAUCAAAGUAGAAGUACGGAGAGCAAGCAGAAAAAGCAUUCUCAUCCUACAAAGCCGUACAAACGUCGUUGUAGAUGAAGUAUGUAGAAGACAUGGCGUUGCUUUAUUUUGAAAAUGUGAAAUAACAAGAAUCGUG